AUGGGAUCAGGUAGCUUACCAUCUCCUCCCGCCGAGGAUCAUAAGUCGACCCUCUCUCGAAAGAGCACAUCAUCAAGUUCCAAGUCUGUCAAGCCAGUCCACCGCACUUCCAAGCGAGCCAGCUCAAGUGCUGCCACAAUUCACCACCACGAUCAUGUUACACAUACAACUGGUAUGGACGGCCGACAUAAGCGUGUGUGGAAGGCUUGUGAAAGAUGCCGAAUGAAGAAGACCAAGGCACUCUGCACAGCUGGCGUACGAAAGAAGAUGGAAUACAAGCAAUUGCCUAGAGGUUACGCCGAGGUUCUCGAGAACACACAAUUCGCCCUCAUUGCCACAGUCCACAAGCUUUACUCAAUGGUUCGAAAUAACCAAUCUUGGGAUUUGGGAGAACCCGAACUCAACGACCGCGGCCAGCCCGUGAUCCACAACAUCGCCCAGAAGCUCGGCUGCAUCCGCCCCAAUAGCGAUAUCGACCUCCCUGUUCACUCAGUGUUCCCUGAAGACGAAGCUGGCAUGGCUGAGCUGGCUCGACAGCUCGAGGAUCAACAAAAGGAGCACGAGCCUGCAAAGGAAACCAUCAAGGAUACUGAUUCAUCCGUGUGCAACCGAACCGAGCGAGCGUCUUCAUCGGAGCUCGAUCACUCCGACUUUGAGCACGACUAUCGAAGGGCUGCCUUUGGUAACACCAAUGCCAUGACCCUCUCACCGCAGAGCUUCACAGGCAGCGCCGACUUCGACUUUGCCCCUCCACCGCCCGAGAUUGAUGCUUCCAGCCUGUUCCCCUCGCAAUCGCCCGCCAUGAGCAACUUUCCCGCCUGGACAAUGACCAAGCCUCAGCCUAGCGACCUCACCAUGCAAUUUCUACAACAGCAGCAGCAGCAGCAACAGAAUGGCAUGAUGGCAAAUAUGGACUUGUUGAACCAGGGCCUCGUCGAAUCAGAAUUCGGAACAAUCAAGCCUCACGUUCUGUCAUGUCCUAACCCCGAAGUUAUGCUGGGCUUGGGCGAUCCCAUGAUAUAUUCUGGCUACGACGGUGAACCAAUGCGACUAUAA